ACCUUCUGGGCCACUGACUGCAAAAGGCUUGUAGCAAGACAACAGCACCAACCACACGGAGACCACUUUGUCUUCCUCAGGUGCUCUUCCUCCUUUGAGCCACUUCUACCACCAGUGCAUGUACACAAUGGAGGUGAAAACUUGGAAGCUCUUCACUGCCUUUCUGUGUUGCAUUGGAUUCCUCUUGGCUCUUUCAAGGGCUCAGCAGAAAGACCCAGCAGUGCCCUUGAGAAAAGCGGUGAAAUUUGGAGGCUUCUUUGUGCUAAAUUGCACAAGCAGCAGCAGCAACAGUAGCUGUGAUAUUCAGGAGAGGUCCUCUCAGAAAUAUGAUUAUAGAAACGCCGGGCCCACCUGGAAAGCUUUCACUUUCAUUGUCGAUUACUGGUCACUCCGUGCAUCAUGUGUUGUCACCUGUAAUAAUGAACCCAGGUCUUGGGAAACGAUUGUCACAGUUUACCAACCUCCAAAGAAGAUUGAGCUGUAUCCAGUACCAGAAAUGGAGGUGGGCAAGCUGUAUAACUUAACAUGCCAGGUUUUUGGUGUAGCCCCCAUUCGGAACCUCACUGUGACCUUGCUGAAAGGGGAAGAGCAACUUCUGGUAAAGACCUUUGAGAAUUAUACUCACCCUGAAGCUGGUACUGUUGUGGUGAACCAUAGCAUAAUAGCUCAGGAAGAUGACUACAGCAAGACAGUUACCUGCCAAACAUCCCUGGAUCUGAGACCAACAGAACCACUCCUGAAAAACACCUCCCAUGGCAUAUCAUUAUGGACUUUUGGACCUCUCGAGGUAAUGACCCUGGAACUCCAGAAGCCAUCGCCAGGCCAAAACUGGGCCUAUAACCUGAUAUGUCACAUAAUAAGAGUAGAUCCCUGCCUGACUCUUGUGGUGACCUUUUUUAAAGGGUCAAAGAGGUUGGGUACACCAAGUUUCACAAACUGUACUUGGGUUGAAAUAGAAAACUAUACAGUCACUCUCCCGGUCACCCUCCAUCCAGAGGACCACGGUCAGGAAGCUUAUUGUCAUGCAGCAGUGCAUUUCGGCCUACAUGAACCAGUCUAUCGAACCAAAUCCUCAGAAGUUUCACUCAAGACUGCUGAAUCCUAUUUGGCUAUCGUUGUAGCUGUUACUGCUGUUGCUGCUUUGCUAAUUUGUGUGCUGGUGGUCUUUCUCAUCUUCGUCAUUAGACUUUGGAUCCAUCAAUGAAUACAGAGAUUCAGCCAGAGAUUUAGGGCAGCAACCUUUCUUUAACUUUAAAGAGGGUUAAGAAAAGAUUUCUGUUCUGGCAUUCACCAGCAAUCCUGAAGAACCAGCACCAUGUAACAUGAGAGGCAAGGGCCAUGAGGAAGACGCUGCCUGAGAAAGAUCUUUAAAACUAGCAGAACUAGCAAACAAAUAAAACCUAUCCCAUCUUAUUCUGUUCUAUCAGCUUUUUAAAAUAGAUCUGUUUUUAAAAGUUUGCCAAACACCUACAGUGGACGUUUUUAAAAUUGUGCUUUCUUAAUCAUACCCAACAAAAGUCUAUGUGUGUAUACAUGAAAUAAAAAUUAACUGCUGCCCCGAAUACUGGAAAUCUAUAUUACAAAUUAAACAAGUU